CCCUCCGCUCCUAUAAAACCUCCAUCGCCUCAUGCCCUCCGGUCUCCUGACUUUACAUCCGGGCAUCUACAGCUCCUGCCUCUUCUCGACCAAUGUCGCCAAGGAGCCCGACUAGCAGAUCCUCGUCCACCUCCCCUCGCCCCACGGGCCGGCGCGUGCCUGGACAGCCCAAAUCCACGCGGCAACAAUACAGCGCAUGUGGCGCAUGUCGCAUGAGAAGAGUGCGUUGCGACCUCAAGGAUCUGCCUGUAUCUCCAUCAGGGCAACAUCCUCCCUGUUCAAAUUGCAGCGAGCGCGGCUUGAAAUGCGUGGACGAGUUUGCUGAAGUCAAAGCUGUCAAGCUACUUCGGCGUGGUCGCCGUCUACAGCAAGUAGAAGCCGUAUAUGGCCAGAACUCGAGCGACGAGGGCUCGCUACAUUCCGUUCCUUCUCCUCGUAGCGUCAUUCCGAGGCUCAGACCCGAGUUCUUCAACUCUCCUUUCUUUCAUCGAUUUCAUACGCAACGACCUAUUCUGGAGCCGAUGGAGUACUGCAACAGGUACUAUGAGUUCUGCAAAGGCAAUAAAGAGCCUUUGCAGGCUCCCGGUCAGCUCGUUGCACUGGUAUUGGUCGUGUGGGCUGCUAGCUUCGGUGUCAACGAAUAUGGGGUUGAAGAGCUGUACGACGGGCAGGUAAAUGCGCGUCGACGAAAAGACCGCAUCAAUGAGAUGGUCCAGGAACUCUUGUCUCUCAUCGAUAUCCAUGGUCUCCUGCGGAAACCUUCUUGGGAUGGUGUUAGAGUACUCUUGUUAACGUUGCCACUGACGCGAGAGGUACAGACUCCUCUGGAGCGUUUGACAAUGUACGAGGCAACCAUAAGCCAAGUCUACAGUAUCUGCAGCCUCGCAUCAGCUUGUUCCGUCAACAGCGGUCAAGGAGAAUACGUAGAUGCUCUCGUCCGGGCGCGCAUCUUCUGGUAUGCCCAUGUGUUUGACGGCGUAACCAGUGGAUUGAGAGGCGGCCGGAUCUUGCUGACUGAUGAUGAUCUUACUUCGUUCGAGGCGACUCUCCCUCCCGUAGGAGAAAGCUCUGCGACGUCCGCCGUCUACACGUUCGCCUUCCGCUAUGCGACAAUACCCAUCCGCAUAGCGUCCGUAUGUCGGGACGUCCAUGCCGCGCUCACGGGUCCCAGGGCCCGUCAAAGCCGUGAGAUCGGGGAAGUCAAGCUGCACGAUGCAUGGGAGACACUUGACCAAUGUUGGAAGGACUUCGAGGGGUUACGGCAGCUCGGCACGGACGGAUUCGUCCAGACUGAGGACGUUGAACGGUUCAUCGAUGGCUGGCAGAUAUUCAUUUUUGAGUGUCACAAUGUCAUACGCGAAGCGCUAAAACAACGCCUCGUUGCACGGCCAGCACCCGAAGCACCCUUUCUUCCGGACGGCCAUCCAUCCCCUCGAAGCCGCGAAUACGACGCGAUCGUUCGACUGCAUGCCAAGUCCAAUACAAGAUGUCAGGCCGUCGUCAGGCAUGUCGUGUCUAUUCUCAGGCGCAACUUAGGAACGCAGUUCUUCCAGUUCGACACUGCCCUCAUCCGUGAUGGAUGUUUCUUCGCAGGGUUCUUGCUCGCGGGGGACUCCGGCAGUGCAGAGGACGUCGAAGUCUGCCUUCAGGCUCUGCGGGAGAUGCGCUGGACGUUCUGCAAAAGCGACGAGCGGGAACAAACCAUCAGGAUGAUAUGGGAGUCUCGACUCUCACAAACUCGGAAUGGUCGUAGUUUCACUGGCAGCCCCUUGGAAGAUGAUCUGUUGCGGUCAUCAGCAUCAGAACAUCCCUAUGGAAAACGCUCUCUGAAUCGGCCGAUCAGCGUCCCUCCUCUAUCACUGUCUCUUUGCACGGUUCCUGCCGCGCUUAGCCCGGCAUCUGCCCCGAGUACUGCUUGCUCGACGAAUAGUAAUUGGCCUACGAGCACUCCACCCAGCAGUGCGGGUACGGGCAUGUAUGAUGGAUCCAUGCCGUCUCAGCGGGCUUCGCCGACGUCCCCAUUCGCACAUUCUCCGCCAAGCAGCCUGAGCAUCGACACCCUCCACAGCAAGUCUGCGUUUCCCAGCACGCCUUCGCUGGUCCUGGAGGGUCCUGGUCAGACGGGACGUAUAGGCGAGCAGGGAGGAUUAGAUCAAGUGUUUUAUUUUCAGCAAUAUGGUUUCAGCGGUGCAAGUGAGCCUCUGAGCAGCCAUCACAUGUCUCACCCACCUACCAUUCUUCCUCCACCUGCCACCACCGACUACCACGCUGCUUCGACAUUCUUCGACCAUAAUUCCGUCACAUUCUCGAACCCGACAAUCUCCCAGAGCAACGCUUGCUCCGGCGUUGUGGUCCCAUCGUCUACAGUCAGCAAUGAUGGACGCCAACUAGGAGACGAACAUUUUUACUAAUCAUCUGCAUUGCAUCUAUGUUACUCCGCCGCUGAUCUAUGUUGCCAUACUUACACAUACCAGGAACAAUCAUUCUACCUGUGCAUUUCUUGGGCGUAUCACUAGAGCCUU